AUGGAACGCCGCCCGAGUGGCAAAAUGCCAUGCAUGCCGCCGGAGUGGCAAGAUGUGAAUGCAGUCUCAAUUGCCGUCCCUUCACCUACUGAAGAUGAAGCUGGAUGUUCCUCGAGUCAACAAGGAGGACUGGUUUCAGAAGAAUUAAUUGGGAGCAUCGACAAGCUCAACGAGGAGCAGGUCAAGGCGCUGAUGGGGAGCCUAAAGGCACGUCUGAAACGCGUGAAGAAGAGGAGAUAUGGCAGGAGUCGGUCCAUGGACGCAGCCAAGCGACUUGACGGCCAGGAGCAGCAGGUGAAGAUUUCGCAAGUGCAGGAGGAGAUUCUGCGGCACAUGAGCAGGCUCACGGAUGCCUGCAACGUCCAAGGAUUCGUUUACGGCCUCGUCCUGGAGAAGGGGAAGCUGUUAACCGGCGCCUCCAGUGGCUUGAAAGACUGGUGGCAGGACAAAGUGCAGUUCGACAAGAACGGCCCGUUGGCCUUGCAGAAGCAUCAGAUCGAAAACUCGAUUGCUUCGUCGAGCGCAGAAAGCAGCUCCCUGACUUCGGUUCACAAAACGCUGCUGGAGCUGCAGGAUACAACGCUGGGCUCUCUGCUUUCUUCACUGAUACGGUACUGCGAUCCUCCUCAGAGAAAGUACCCGCUUGAGCUUGGCAUUCCACCAACGUGGUGGCCUUCCGGAAGAGAGGACUGGUGGCCGGAGAUGGGAUUCCCGGAGGACCUCGAGCCGCCGCCGUACCGGAAGCCGCAUGACCUGAGGAAAGCAUGGAAGUCGUGUGCGCUCAUUGCGGUCAUCAAGCACAUGGCGCCUAAUUUCGAUAAGAUGAGGAGGAUCAUAAGAUACUCCAAGUGCCUUCAAGAAAAGAUGACUGCAAAGGAGAGCUUGCUUUGGAACGCAGUGCUCGAUCAAGAGAAACGACUGCAUGCCACUGCACCCAUUGAUGCCCCAGCAGUUCACAAGAUUGUGAUCGAUGCACACUCGAGCCCUGUCAGGGAAGAGGUUGUGGUUGGUUCUCCACAUGAUGAGCAGAUGGCGGUGGAUGUCACCCGCAAGAGGGUGUCAGAAGAUGAGCCAAGCAUGGCGCAGCGAAUCUUUACAUGCGAUUUCCCUCAGUGUCUGCACCACGAUUACCGCUAUGGGUUCCCCGAUCAGAAUUCGAGGAUUCGCCACCAGUUCAGCUGUCUGCAUCGCGAAGGAACGGCUCAGAUUGUCGACGACAACGAUCUGAGAACGAACGAAGGUGGAGCUGCUGCUGUUGUUUCGUGUGACGUAAAUGGAGGUGGAAUUGCAGUUGGUGGUGCGACAUCCAUGGAUUAUCUCUGCAACUUUUAUGAUGCCAAUGUUGACAUCAACAACCAAGAUCUGUAUCAUUUGCGGUCUCCGACGCAGAUGGAGGCCAAUAUGAACAAUUCAGCUUCUACUUCAACCAUGAUUCAGCAAAAUCCUAUGAAUCCUUUUGAGCAGAGCGGUUCAAUGAAUCUCAGUCAUUUUCAAUGGACACUUGCAUCAAUUGGAGGUCGUCAAGCUACAGAUUUCAUGGACCAAAGCCCUGCACAGGAGGAAGAAGAGUUUCAACUAUGGUGGUAA